CAUCCUGUGAGGGUAGGACCUGGCUGAAAGGCAGUCGACCCUUUGCUAUCUGUGUAACCUCCAACAUUUCACUUGAAGACUACGCCUCAGCGAGAUAUCCGCGCUCGAAAUCAGCACCUCCGGAUCGACAAGAUGGCGCUCCUGAAAUUAACUCCAACAGACAAGUACGAAACAGCGACCUCUCGCCUUCAACACGACACCGAGGAGGAACUCUUGAAGCAUCUUCCCUCACAUCCUGAGAACAAAGAUGCGUCUAAAGACGCCAAACCUUCAACCGUUCUACAGAAGCAGAAGCAUAUGCAGUUCCUCAUUCGAAAUCUGAUGGGCGGCUUCGGCUCGCGAUAUGUCAGCCAGGACGCCAGCCAGCCAUGGCUGUUAUUCUGGACUUUGCAGAGCUUUAGCUGCUUGGGCGUUGUGUUGGAUCCAGGGAACAAGCAAAGGGUCAUCGACAAGGUUAUGAGAUGGCAGCAUCCUGAUGGAGGAUUUGGAGGCGGACCUGGUCAAGCCGCUCAUCUACUCACGACCUACGCUUCCGUCUGCAUUUUGUCCAUGGUUGGCCGGCCUGGGCCAGGAGGUGGAUGGGAUGAUAUCGACAGAAAGAAGGUUUAUGAGUUCUUUAUGUCUCUGAAACAACCCGAUGGUUCCUUCCUUGUCUCACAUCACGCCGAAGUCGACGUCCGAGGGAUCUAUUGUCUGCUCGUCGUCGCCAUCCUCCUCGACAUCCUCACGCCCGAACUCGUUGAAGGAACUGCUGAGUUCGUUGCAUCGUGCCAGACAUAUGAGGGCGGAUUCGCGUCAUCAUCGUUCCCAACCUACUUCCCGACCUCUUCGCCUUCCGAGAAACCCACGCCGAUCCCAGGCCCUCGACCGGCCCUAGGCGAAGCCCACGGAGGAUACACAUUCUGUGCUUUGGCGGCCUGGGUCCUCCUCCAACCCUACGUCGAAGCCGCUAUCCCCAACCCUUCCGAUCGUCCCACUAUCAACCUCAAGAACCUCACGCGAUGGCUUGUGCAACUCCAGGGCACUGAAUCCGAGCUGGGAGGCUUCAAAGGGCGAACGAACAAGUUGGUUGAUGGGUGCUACGCGUGGUGGUGUGGAGGGAGCUUUGGGCUGCUGGAAGCGCUGGGUGUCAAUUCGAAGCCAUUAUCCGACAAUAUCGCGACCGAGGAAGAUUCGAAGGAGAAGAGCGAGGAGGAGUGGGAUGAUUUCGAUGAUGGUUUGUUCAACUCGAAGGCGCUUCAAGAAUACGUUCUCCUUGCCGGACAACACCCUUCUGGAGGUUUGAGGGAUAAGCCGCCGAAACCCGCGGAUGCGUACCACACUCUUUACUGUCUCGCUGGGUUAUCUUCCGCUCAACACCGCAUCUUCCCAUCCAAACACAAAUGCGAAACCUUCCUGAAUACGAAAUGGAAAGAUGGAAAACGCAAGACGGAUCUUGGGCUCAAAGAGGAAGUAGCCGAAUUGGACGACCGAGUACGAAAGGAUUCUCUUGCGGCGCUUGUGUCAUGGAGCGAGGAUCCAAUGUUCGCGACUACGUUCUGGCAUAUCGUUGGUGGGAAGGAGAAUAGGAUCAACGCGACCCAUCCGAUUACGAACUUGACUGUUACGCACACGGAAGAUAUCUUCCAGUGUAUACUUGACGGUGUAUUAUAUGUAAUGAUUCCAUGA